AUGCAGCUCUUUCGCGCCCUACUCCUUUCAGCUUCGGUAUCAGCUCUUUCAACACGGCUUGAAAAUCGAAUCGGCGCAUCUGAAUUCAUUACAGACCUCGAAACCUACUAUAUCCGCGCGUUUACCCUCGAUUUGUCCCUAGAUCUACUCAAUGGGACUGAUGGAGGAGCUGCUAGAGUCACCGAUGCCAUGCUGGGUCUCAAGGAGGCCCGCCAAAAGCUUGAGGUAGAUGCAAACUUGAUGACUCCACUAUCAGGGGCCGACAGCCGUGCAGUGACCAAGGAACUUGUGUCUCACGAUUCAAUUGACACUAGCUAUAUUGGCAAAAAAGAUGAUUUGAACAGGGCCAUCUCGGAGGAUAAGACUACCGAAUUCUUAUACUCUAUCCGAACAACUGUGAAGAACCUUCUCCCUGUUAUACAAAGCAAAGUCGACCCUGCAGACGGUAUUGCUGUCUCGUUGAUGGAACAGGAUCUGAUCGCCAAGAUCCAAAGCGCAAUCGACGUUUGA